AUAAAUGAAAAUGAAGUGAGAGAGUGUGUUGUAGUAUUAAGCAAGCUUUGAAAGUAAGAAGAGGGGUGAGAUGAGAGAGAGGGGAGAGCAUUGUGAGAUAUAAUAGAGAGGAGAGUGGGGGAGAAGGAGGGGAGGAGGAGAGGCCAAGGAAAAGGAAAAGAAAGUGCAGUGUUUUUUUUUAUUCUCAAAUGAGGAGAGAGAUGCUGAGGAAGAGGAGCUCCUCAUUCUUCAGUGUUCCUGGUCUCUUUGUGGGGUUUAGCACCAAAGGCCAAUCUGAUUGUGAUUCAGCCAAGAGCCCUACUUCUCCUUUGGAUUACAAGCUCUUCUCCAAUCUAAGGUCCUCUAGAUCAUCUUACCUUGAUACCCAUUACCCCAAAAGCUGGGACUGCUCCAAGGUUGGCCUUGGACUUGUGGAUUCUCUCAGUGAUGAUUGUGGGAUCCCCUCUGGAGGCUCUGAGAACAGGAACAUUGUUUUUGGAUCACAAAUGAAGAUCAACAUCCCAAACCCCAUGAAGGAAAGCUCAGCAUUGGAUGAUGCCCCCAAGUCCUUGCCCAAGGACUAUGGCAUUCCUUCUCAGACUGAAUUCAAGCCUGUGGAGCUUGGAAAGAUUUGUUCUUGCUCAUUGGUUAGGGGGGGCAUAAAUUCUAGCAGUAAUUUUUCGGGUUCCUUACCGAUAAAUUUUGGUUCUUCUCACGGACUCAUUGCUUCUCUUUCUGCUAGUGAGAUUGAAUUGUCUGAAGACUAUACCUGCAUUAUAUCCCAUGGUCCUAAUCCUAAGACUACCCACAUUUUUGGGGAUUGUAUUCUGGAGAGCCACCCUUCUGUGUCACCAAGACUCAUGAAUAAGGAUUUGGGAGUUGGAGGAAGGUCUUCCUCUUUGCUUAAGUGUUCAGAGGAUUUGCCACCCCACUCCCCUGAUGACUUCUUGAGCUAUUGUUUCUCUUGCAACAAGAAAUUGGAGGGCAAAGACAUCUACAUUUACAGGGGUGAGAAAGCAUUUUGUAGCUGUGAUUGCCGUGAGCAAGAGAUUUUGAUCGAACAAGAAAUGGAGAAGCCAGUGACUGAUUCAUCUGAUUCUCUCAGUUCAUCGUUUCACGACGAGAUCUUCCCUGAAGGAAUGAUGACUACAUAGCAUGAAGGAUUCAUCCGGCUACAAUUUCAUUGAUCCGUGAUUAUUGAACUCUUUGAGGUAAACGACUCGAUCAUCCGUUUAUGAAGCGCUGUUGGUGUGCAUCUUCCUUGGCGGCCAUGGAUGAUCGGUGUGUACAUUCGACCGUUUGCUGAUUAUGUUUCGGUGAUCACAAUUGGUUUCGAUGUGUUUGUGGUCGGUGAUCUAGUAUUAUUACCUUUUUUUCGCCUAUUUUUGCAGAGCUUUGCAUUUGGAUAAACUUGCAUUUUGUCUUAUGAUUUUGAUCAGCAGAAGGGUGUUAGCCAUAUUAAGGCUCCCCAUUUUCUUUUCUUUUUUGUUUCUUAUCAUCAAUGUGCUGAACUUCAUAAGAUCAUGAAUGGAUAUGAGUCAUUUCAAUAGUGAUAAA